AUGAGACCACUACAUCUCUGUUCGGCACUUCUUUUCACUAUUCUCGUGCCAGUACUCGUGGAAUCGCAGUAUCCCAUUACUUAUGGUUGUAUGGCACAGAUUCUCGCGUAUUCUCCAAUGAAUAAGUUGAACACAUUCGUCAACAACAUCAACAACAAGGACACCACAUUGGCAUUGAAGAAGAAGAGAGCAAACUCAUGGGUUCCAUCAAACAUGGGCACCCACAAAUUCCCAGCACUCGAUAUCUACGGAACAAGUUCCGGUGCUCUGUCGGGUGUCAUCAGUCUUCUUGACCACCGUAACACUGUCGGUUUGUUCUGGAAUGAUCUGACACCAGGACUCACAAAAGUAUUCAAUGCCUCUGUGGCAAAGACCUACAAAAAUAUGUGGGCAAAGACGGAUAAAGUGCACGACAACGCGUUUUUCGAUGCGUUGAACGAGUGGUACGCCUAUUGUCAUUAUCAUAGUCCAGCCGGAAAACGCACAGGUCUCUACAAUGCGAUUCAAACAGUGACUGCCAAGUACACAAACAACACAAACUUGAACUUCGAACCAAUGGGAUCCAGUUUUAAUACUCGUUUCUUUUUAAUGAUUAUGAUGGGAAUGUGGUAG